AUGGAGGAAGCACGCUCUGGGCGGAAGCGCAAAUCACCAGAGAAUGGUAUUCCUGCUCGAGUUGCCGGUUCAUACCAGCGCACCAAAGCAGGCAAUGCCUGCUUGAUUUGCCGCGCUCGAAAGACCAAAUGUGACAAUGUUUGGCCUGUCUGCGGCUUUUGCAAAAAGACCGGUGGAGAGUGCACUUAUACCCAGCCAAGUCCUCAAAGGUUCGAUCAGGCUAGUAUUGAGAUACUGAAACGAUUAGACAGCCUGGAAAGAGCGGUCUCAAAUCAAUCCCAUGACUGCUGCGCUCGUCAGCUUUUGGAGCAUAUUAGCCCUGAGCAAUCUGGGAGCUUCGGCUCGAGUGUUCAUCAAUCUCAGACGACCCAGCAUGAUGUCGUAUCGCCGGUACUGCUAGACCCUGUUUCAAAUCACUCAGCUCAUCAUGAAAAUCUCCCCAUGCUUUCGACGACCUCAAAUCGAACUUCGCCAGGAUCUGGCUCCAAAAACUAUGUAGCAAGCAUUCAGUCAUUGCUUGAUGUCCCUCCCGGGCCGGACGUUAUGUAUCGGGCCACGGAAGAAAUGGGAAUCGAGGCUAUGUUACGAUGGCCUGUGUGCAAAGAAUCUCUUGAUCAGUUAGGGAUCUCAACUUCUGCCACCCUGGUGGAAAUGUUAGGUCAAGUGUCAACUCACAUCGCGCCUGCUACGCUGGGCCACGAUUCCCAGAGUUUCAAACGGCAGACUAUUCUUCAUUUGGUGGAGAAUUUUCUGAUACAUAACAAUGUCAAAAAUCCCAUUAUUGACCCUGUGGAGCUUCGACGUGACGCUGAGGAACUCCUGGACUCCUCAUAUAGGCAUGGGGGGAGAUUCUGUCGUCUGCUCCUUGUCCUUGCUAUCAGCAGUAUCUCCAUAUCUCUCACAGACCAUGCGCCUGCAGGCCAAGUUAUGGUUCCACGCGACGCGCCAGAGUUUCGAUCUGCGGAUCUUUACUUUCAAGGGGCUCAGCAUCACAUGGGCGCUCUGUACUGUGAGAACUCUUUGAUUUCCGUGCAGUGUGCCUUCAUGUCAGGUGUCUACUUGAUGUAUACCAUGCGCAUCAUGGCAGCAUGGAAAGCAUUCGUCCAAGCCAGUACCCAGUGCCUGGGUUACUUUGCCUGUCGGCGACGACUCGGGUUUUCAUACGAGCCCAAUGCAGAAAGUGGAAACGGGGCCUUCGAAAACGGCGAAGACACUUCCGCCAACAUGAGGGCUUUGGAAGAUUCACUUUAUUGGAGUUGCUUGAAGAGUGAGAUUGAAGUUCGCCUGGAAUUGGGACUCCCAGGAUCUGGUAUCAGCGGUAUCCAAUAUCCGAAUAUCUUCCCAACUGUUCCCAGUUUCGAUUGCUCCGAAAAUAGCGCUCAAUUAGGCCAAUCACCAUCAGAAGCUGAUAGAGGAUUCCUAGUCAACGGAUGGCUUUUUUAUUUGGGGGAAAUUGCGUUGAAGAGAAUGCAAUAUCGAGUCCUCACUUACCGCUAUGAUCACAGUGAUGGCGGCAAUGGUCAAGUGAAAAAUACAUCUGAUAGAAACUCUGCUCUCUGGCAGAGCGUCAUCGAAUUCGAUCUGCAGCUGCAAGAAUGGUUGCGAUGGUUACCUCCCUCCAUGCGUUUCUCCCCAACGUCUACAGAGCCUCUGUACGACAUCUUGCCCUGGGUUCUGCGUGGACAUCAUAUCGAUGUUAUUGAAAUACUCCGCUUCCCUGCCAUUUCAGAAAUCCUGAACAACCGCCACCCCAAUCCUUCAGCGGUGAUCCCAAACCUAUCAUCUGUGUCCUCCGAGCCCACCUCGCAAUUGUCCAAAGAGUACCUCGAGAAUGCAGUCCGUCGAAUCGAGGCAAAUACAGAGGGACUUCUCCACCGGCAUCAAGGUAGUUGGUUAACAAUACGCAGCUGCACGCGUAGUGCCUUGGCUUUAUUAGCUAUGAAGCUGCAUUACCAAUCAGAAUCUCACUAUGGAAACAAUGUACCAGAGGACAACCGGGCAUAUCAAUCGACGCCCUCACCAGGGUCUUUGCAGGCUGACUCUAACCUACCAUCUCGAUGGAGAGACGCUGUAAUGCUUGUGAUCUCAAUGCUGAAGGGGUGGGAACCAGAAAGCCCUGAUAUUUACCAAUUGCGGCUGGUGGUUGAAGGAUUGCUGGGUCUUUGCCAUGUGUGA